AUGCUCAAACAAUCAAGGAUUGUGGCAAUCAGAAGAUUGAACCCUCCAAAUCUGGUGAGCACUGUGACAAGCUUCAGAACAGUUGAAGAGUUUCUGGUAAAGUAUUGGAGCACAAACUCGUUCCAAAAGUCAAGCACCCACAUGAUUAGUUCACCAAAAAACUCUGCGAGUUCGUUAUUCAGUUUGAAACCUGCUGGAGAGUUCAUCAACCAAUGGAUCAAAUUGACCAGAAAGCUUUCAAAUCCAAUGAUUGUGCUGUUGAUUCCAAUAUGCAGUUGGUCGUGGUAUUUGGAUAGUAAAGUUGACGUUAUUAUUCCAAGUAGCAGAUCGUUUAAAAUUAGCCACAGCGUGUUGUAG